CAUUCAGUAUUCAAUGAUCUUCUCGUUGAAGUCGUAAAUGUCAGUCAAGAGUCAAAAUUAAUAUUAUUCUAAUGGUGAAUGUCUCCUCGUGAGUGAAUUUGUUUGUUUGAUGUGAUCGAAUUUUUACUUCCUUGGCAGUGUCUAAGAAGUAUACGUUUUAUGAUGGAUACUAAACCGAAGGCCCCAAAGGAGAAGCGCAGGAACAACGAGAAACGGAAGGAAAAAUCUCGGGACGCCGCUCGAUCGCGCCGUUCGCGCGAAACUGAAAUUUUUAAUGAUCUGGGAAACGCCCUUCCGUUAUGCUCCGAGCAGAUCUCGCAGCUUGACAAGGCGUCCGUCAUGAGACUGGCCAUAUCGUUUCUUAGGGUUAGAGACAUGAUUAAGUUAGUGCCCGUAUUACCCGUGAAAGACAAAAUAACCAAAUACGUGAAAGACGAGUCCGUGUUUCUAAAAUCGUUGGAAGGAUUCCUUCUGGUUUUGUCCGCCGACGGUGAUUUUAUAUAUCUGUCGGAUAACGUCAGCGACUACCUCGGCAUUACCCAGAUCGACCUCAUGGGCCAGAACGUUUUUGAAUACAGCCAUCCCUGCGACCACGACGAAAUAAGGGAAAUUUUGACUAGCAAAACGACGCAGGAUACCGACGCCCCCAAAUCCGUAUUUAUUCGGUUAAAGUGUACGCUAACGACCAAGGGCCGGUCCGUGAACUUGAAGUCAGCUACGUACAAGGUUAUACACUGUACUGGUCACAUGAUUAAGGACAAGGCCGAGUGUAAAGAUGACGACGAUAAAAAGGGCAACAUCCAAAGCUGUUUUAUGGCCGUCGGACAGCCGAUUCCGCAUCCGUCUAAUAUUGACACUCCGUUACCUCGUCAGACUUUCCUUACCAAACACAGUUUGGACAUGAAGUUCACGCACGCCGAUGACGAGUUUAUGAUGAAUAUACUCGGUUAUACGUCGGAAGAUCUCAUCGGCAAAUCCGUAUACGAGUAUCAUCACGCCAUGGACAGCGAUUCCGUGGGCUCGGCGUACAAGUGUUUGUUUUCCAAGGGUCAGUGCGAAACGAACCGUUACCGUUUCCUGGCAAAGACUGGCGGCUACGUCUGGGUAGUUACGCAGGCUACGCUAAUCUACGACAAAGCGCAGAAACCCCAGAGCGUGGUAUGCGUAAACUACGUCAUCAGUGGCGUUGAACGCAAAGAUGAAGUUUACGCGGUACACCAGUUGUUGUCGUUGAAAUCGGUGCCUAAGAGUGACGUUGUGCCUGAGAUAAGAGUCGAUUUAGUGGAGGAGGACGGUGUUAAAGUGAACGAGGAAGAGUCGCCGGUUAGGCCGCCGCCCCACAGGCCGAAAUCCAGGCCGGUGGUGUCCGUAACCGCCAAGUUAUUCGGUGUUUGUGAGGGACGCGACAUAGACGACGAGGUGGGACGUAAAACUCCUGAACCUGCGUCGAUAAGACCUCACAACACCACCAAGUCGAUUUUCGCGGCGCGAACAGAAGAUAUGAGCAAGGGAUACCUGACCUUCUCCGACGAUGAACCCGGACUGACGAUGCUAAAAGACGAACCCGAAGAUUUAACGCAUUUGGCUCCAGUGGCGGGAGACGUAUGUCCCAUCGACGAUCAUCCGUUCUUUGGCGACAUGCUUGAUGAUAUUUUAUUGAAGGACAGCAAUUUCGUGCCGCUUUUGAACGACGAACCUUCCGAUCCAUUCAUUUCCUACAGAGACUACAGGGAUUCGUCGCCACAGCUCUUGUCCCCAAAUCUUUCGAAGAGUCCGGAGUGUAGUCUUCCGUCUUUAUGUAGCCCGAACGGCUCAUUAUCGGACGAAGAUCAAAUGUCGACGUUUAUCAACUUGCAAAUGGACGACGACCAAGAUCUCAUGGGCAAGAGCCCUUACAUACCGCUGGGCGAUGAUUUACCGUUGCUAUUCUCGAGCGAUAUCAUGUGGAACGAUAACGAGAAAAAUGGCGGCGAAAUUCCGGAGAGUAAUUCAAAUUUGGCGCAAUUAUUGUCGUCGUCCGUCAAUAAACAUUCGCUCAGAGCGAACGAUCACGGCGGCGGGAUAAUCGAUAAAACCAACAAUUUGGAAAUAUUCAACAAUAACAUUAAGAGUACAAAUCGCAAUUGGAGCACAAAAACUAGUCCGGUUAAAAUGGAAGUGGACAGUGUCAGACUGGACGGUAAUAAAGUUGUAGAAAGGAGUGCUAGUAUUAAGAGGUCGCACGUGAACAAUUACGAUCAUCAAAGUAAGCGAAGCAAAAACGAACAGCCGAAAGAGAAAAUGUCGUCGGAACUGUUACACCAGCUCAUGUCCAACAACCAUCAUCGGGGCAGGCCGAAAGGCAAAAGCAAUUGGUUGCUGGACACCGGAAACCAGAAAGCGGCCUGCGUAUCGCAACCCAGCGAUAGCGUGCUGAUGAACUUAUUGAACGAAGAGGACAGUUCCGGGGACGAUUUUUUCAAAAACAACAACCGGAAGAAGAAACUUCCGGUCCUGGAAACCAUGGACGCGUUCCUUUCCAAAAGAACGCUGCUGCCACCGUCCGAAGAGCUGCUAUUCGAGGAACUGGACGAGGCUACCAAGAAGAGGAUCCAACAGCAGCAGCUGGAGAAGCAGAAGAUGCAGGAGAACAGGAGGAAGUGGAUGAGGAAGAGUUCUCUUUCCCUACUGGAUCCGGAAGCCGUCAGCAUAUCCUCCUUUCUGGAGUUGACGCAACGGGAUUGCGAGGUCAACGCUCCGGUCAACAGCUCCCUCCUCCAAGGUGAAGAGUUACUGGUGGCGCUCGACAUUCACACUCAAAACAACAUUUAGCUAGAACCUAGGGUAGAGGAACGGACGGCAGUAUCGCGAGAGUUUGAAAUCCCUUUGAUUGUAAUCCGAGGAAAUUACGUUUUCGUACAAAAUUGCAGGAUUAAGCAGCAAAAUUAAUCUAUUGUAUAUUGAAGAAAAAAUGAAUGGACUGAUGCGAGGUGUCUUAUAAAGAAAAACGGCCAUAGCGAACUGAAAAUGUAUCGCAAAGUGCAUUUAAAUAUUUUGUAACGCGUGGAUGAUGAUUUCUUCGCAAAUUUUCAGGGUUUGAGAAAAAAGAUCGUUAUAUGUUUUUAAUUUCUUUAACCCGUAUCCCUUCCUUAUUUCGGAAAAAUUGAAAGAAUUUUGAUACUCGAUGUGCUUCGGAUAGGAUUCUGUUCAAUUUUUUUCAAUAUGGACGAAAUAUAAUCGAAUGAUAUUUUGGAACAAAUCAUCAUUUCGCGAGAGAGUUACAACUAUUGGACAUAAAUAUUGCAAGAAAUUAAAAGAUUCCUAAGAUUUUAAAUAAUUGAAAAGUUCAUGAAGCCCAGAGUGUUUUUAGUCGAUGAUAGGUUAACGAAAUCUUUCUUUAAGAUACGAUUCAAGACAACAUCAGUACAAAAGUUGAAGAGUAAUUUGUUCGAAAACAGUGGUGACAAAAGUAUUGCACGAUUUUUUAUUAAGGCCGACUGAUUAAAUAAACAAAGAACGAACAAUAUUUUAAACGCUCUAAAGUAACAAGAAUUAGCAUCUUAAAUUAUUGAAAAUUGUAAUAACCAGUAGCAUAAAGAUUUUUGUUUAAAACUUUGUUACAUCUUCUUGGAAAGGAGUUUAUCAACUUUUCUGAUUGGUUUCUACAAACUUCUAUAAUUUUAUUCAUAAAGAAUUCUGCCCGUAAGUUUUAUAUCGGGUUCAAGACCAAUCUUGCACAUGAUUGGAGGUGUCUUUAGAACCAUUUCCCAUUCUGCGAACUGAAGCGUAAUGUUUUCCAUAAUGCCUCUGUACAUCAACCUCUGCAAGCCCACAAGGCUUACUUUUACCUAUACCGUGCUUUAUUUUACUUGGGAUUAAAACACAAUUUUACACGUUUUCCAACGCGUCUUUCUCCAGUCAUCAGCAGUCCAAUUGAUAUGCUAUUUUGCGAACGCAAGCCUAUCGGCUCUAUUUCGAGCAGAAAUGAAUAGUUCUGGAAGAAACGCUUAUGUAGAUCGUUCACAGAAAUGCGUUUUAACAACGUGUCUUCAUGUGCAGUCAUUUUUCUUUCUCCUUGACUUAAGACUAUUAUUUUAAUUAUUUCUUUCAAAUAUGAGGUUAUCCGUUAACCUGUGUUAGGAAUCACAGCCCAUCAGAAUACACUAUCUUUACCAUGCUUUAUUAUAGGGGUUACGCACUUGGGAUUAAAAUGCUGCUUUACAAGUCUCCUAACUCGUCUCACUCCAUUGGAACUAAAAAUAUUAUAACGUGUCUCUUCAGCGAAGAGUACCUUUGUUUAGUCAGCAGCAGUCCAGUUGAUACGUCCUUGUCGAAUGCUAGCCUAUCAGCUCUAUUUCUAGCAGAAAUUAAAGAUUUCUUGGCUGGCCUCCUACUGUAUAACCAUGCAUCCACUAACCUUCUUUGAAUAGUUCUGGAGGAAAUGUUUAUGCGGGGUAAUUCCACAGAUCGUUCACAGAAAUGCGUUUUACCAACCUGUCUUCAUCUGCACUCGUUUUUCUUGUUCUUUCUGGCUAUUGUUUCAAUUAUUUCUUUCAUUAAAAUAUGAGGUUAUCCUUGAACCUGUGUUAGGAAUUAUCAACAAAGUGUACUUUCCUAGAUAAAAAAAACAAGCCACCACCACUACACUACCGUUCCACGCUUACUGUAGGGCUUACGUACCUGGGAUUAAAACGCUGGUGUACACGUCUCUAACUCAUCUCAUUCCAUCUAAAACUAAAAACAUUAUACUGUCUCUUCACUGAGGAGUACUUUGCUCAGCUCAUUGCUAGCAGAAACUAAAGGUAUUUGACUAAUCUCUCUUGAAUAGUUUUGUUAUCACGUUCGUUUUAUCAACCUGCUUUACUGUAGUACAUCUUUGGAUGAAGCAACUCCUUUCCCCACUAUCUUUUCUAACAAAAUGGUAAGUCGGAUACUAUAUUUUUUUCCUGAAGCCACUACAGCAAUACACAAAAUGCAAUAAACUAUUUUUGUUGCGAUACUUUUUACGGCUGACCAUUAUAAUUUUGUUGAGUUUAAUCUUCUCUUUUUGCAAAAUAUUGUUCAUUUCUUUGAUUUUUUUGUAUUUGUCGCUAUAUUUGUGUCCUAUAGUGUAUAUACGGUUAUUAAGGAAAUGCUCAUUUUUAUAUACCAAAUAUAACUUUAUCCGUUCGCCCGUCGAGUCAAAAUCUCAUCUUAUUUGCCAAAUAGGUUUCGUCAAAAGACAUAUUUAUUUACGUUCCAUUUCCGAUUUCACGUUCCUUCAAGAGUCUCACCACACCCGUUUUCAAGCUCUCUCUUUUCCUGCGUAAUUGUUGAAUGUCGCGUUUAGACUUGUUGCCACGUCGACUACGCGUAGGUUUUUAUUUUCAAAAGAUUCUACGUACCGGGUGGCCGAUUAACUAAGGCACCGAUGUAAAAAAACUUAUGACUCCUCAUGGCCGCCAGAGGGCGUAAUCGCAUUCUUGAACGGACACUGUUUCAAAGGUGGAAUUAAUUCCAUUAUUUUCCGUAGAAUAACGGAAAGUGGUGGGGACUGUCUGCACAUUCUCGGGAAUAAAGUCGACAGGUUCGGCGCGAUUUUAGCAAAGUUGGAAUAGUAUGCUAUCGACGCUGACGGAUUAAUUCGGUUUGUUCGUAUCGCCGCUAGAGGGCGUUCUGCGACCCAAUUCAAAUAAAAUUCCGUUCCUCAAAAAACUGAAAUGCACCAAUGUCACUUUUAGUGCGAUAAAAAAGAGCCAAGUAAGUGUAGCAAAAACCGCAUUUCGAUAUCUUUUUUCUAACCUAUAACCUAAUAAUAUUGUAUUUCACUAUUUUAUUUGAUUCCAAUUGUGACAAACUCACUUGACAUUUUUAAGGUCACAAGAUAAAAGGAAUAAGAUCGAGUCGUAAAAAAGAAGUAGCUUUCAUUUGAAAAGAAAAAUUCAGCUGCUAUUUUUUAUAUUUUUAGCUUCACUUGUAAUGUUAUCGAAAGAAAAGAAAAAGGAAACAAUGAAGUUUUUUUUUAGUUACGACGGAAGAAAAGAAUUGUCCACAUAAUCUAAAAAUUAAUUUUUAUAUCCGUAAAAUUAGUUAGAAAUCUGUGAAAUCUGGUGUACCAGUCCCGUGAAAUCUUUGUCAUCCGUUAAAUCUGUGAAAUAUUGUUCAAAUCGUAACGAAUUUUUGAAAUUUUGUUUUGAGUACUUUCCAUUAAUGUCUUUAAAGUUGUGACAUUCGGUCGCAACCCAACUCAAAACUAAGAAACUCACUUUAUUAUUAAGGUAAUAAGAUAUGAAGGCAUACAAAGUUGUAGAUUUUUAUUUGAAAAAAAAUCCGCUUUUUUUCUAUUUACCAUUAAUUGUAAUUUUUAAUUAAUCAAUAAUUAUCGAAAUCCUUUACUAAAGCUUUUAAACGUGCUCCUCUCUAUGAAGAAAAUUACUUAAUUACAGUUAAGUUAAAGUAUUUAUCAAUUUAACACUGACGCUAAUAAUACUUUCUUUCUUGCUUUUUGAAAGUAUGUGUUAAGCGUUCUUUUUACUUUAAUAGUUUUUUCAGUAUGACGGAAUACAAAACAUACAUAAGCUAAAAAUUAUUUCUGAAAAUCUGUAAAAUCCGCAAAAUCAUUUUGAAAUCUAUAAAAUCCUUGUGAAAUCCGAGAAAUCUUUGUGAAAUCCGUGAUAUCCGUGAUAUCUUGCUUAUACCUGCUGUAAUACAAAAAUUGGGUUAUAAAAUUCGAGAAUGCUAUCACGCCCUCUGUCGGACAAUCUAAAAACUUAAAAUCAAUUUGUACCGUUUUCUCUUGGCCGGUUUAGUCGUAAUUUUUUUUAUUACAAGUCUUUACGACAAUUACUUGUCGAGAUAGGGCUCUUGUUAAUUGAUCACCCUGUACAUGGUACUUUUUACAUUUAGUUUCUAGUUUGUUAUCUUUUCAUCAUUUACGUUUUGUCCAAUUACUGCCAUAUUUCGUUUAGAAUUAAUGAAACUAACGCAGAAUUUAUCCCAUACUCAACUAGGUAAUUGCAAUAAAUUUUAUCACUGUUAUAUUGAUUUGAAAAUAUCGUCAUCGAAUGAGUACCCGUCUAUGUUUAUAGAGAAUCGUGUAUUCCCAUAUUUUUAUGUGUACAGAAAAUAAUUAUAUUCAUGUAUCAUCGAUCUCAGUUUUCGAUUUUGUGAAUGAACCGCUGCAAAGGGAAAUCACUUUAUUUUAAAUUCAUUAGUUUGUUGCUAUGUUGUUUUCCAAACUUCUCGAUAGAUGAAAACGUCGAGAUUUUUGCAAAUACUUUGUCUGGCUAUUAAUUUUCUUUGUGUCAGAUAAAAUCUAUUUUUUUUUAAAUUCGUUUUAAUCUUUUUUUCUUGUAUUCGUCACUAAUAAAUAGAUUUAUAAGUAGCGUAAGGUGUUAUCUGCUAUGUAAGUUCUGGGAAUUAGUACGGGCAAAUAAAUAGUGUUCAAUAAA